UACCAACGAUAUUGUGGAAAAUGUUUAUUUUUGUUUACUACAAUUGUUGUGCCUAGUUAUUCAUGUUCUCUAGUCAUCCCCAUCUGAAACGGAAAACCCCCGCCCAGGGCAUCGACCGUAAAGCAUUUAUUGGCCACUUGGUGGAUGAAUAUUAUACAACCACAAAUGUUGAGGCUCAGGAACAGGUGACAGCUAAUUUAGCCAACUUUGCUUACGAUCCUAUCAAUUGGACAUAUUUGCAUGAAGCUCAGGCAUUGGAGGUAUUUUUAGAGUUAUUAGAGACACACAAUCAAAGCCUACAAUUGCAUGGAAUCGCUGCAUUGUGUAAUAUCUGCUUAGAUAGAACUGCUGAACAAUUCAUAAUAGAGCCAAAGCACACCUCUAUCAUCAUCGACUUGUUUUUACGUACAGAACAUUUAGAAAUUGUGCUCCACAGCAUUGCACUUUUCCUUCAAAUACUUUCCUCAGAUGUGCAAGAAACUCUGAAAUACAAAGAGCUACUUGUUACGCCCGCACUACUUAAACGCAUUCAGCAUUGGCGCCAGGAAGCAAAGGAUAAACGUGUUUUGAGCCAUCAAGCGUUCAGUCAUCUGAAGCAGGUUCAAAUAAUUAAACGUUUUACACAAAAAGAUCUGGAACAGUUUGCUGCCUUCACGGGGGACUACAACUACAUACAUAGCAAGGAAGUACCUGUGCAUGAGCGAAGGGUACACGGAGCUCUGCUCAAUGCAGUUGUAGCAGGCAUCAUUGGCACCAAACUGCCAGGGCCAGGCACCGUGGUGCUAGAGCAAAGCUUUAAAUUUCUGCACCCUUGCCGUAUCGAUGUGGACACAAUUGUGACGGUGCGCCUUCUAAACGAACGUAAAAUAUCCGUAGUAGAAUACGAUUGUCGGCAAAAUGAACAAAUUGUGUUUGCGGGCAAGGCCAAAUUGUUGACACAAAAGCAUUGACAAAAUUAUUGGUAUAAAAAUAAAAGACUUCACUUCUUA